CGGCUUAUCCCCACCCUUUCCUUUCUACUCCAUUCCCUCCCUCGCCUCCACUUCUCGCUGCCCCCAACGCCAUUGCAGACAACACCAGCAGCGGCCCAUAGCACGAAGGAAAGGAAUCCAGUUGAAGAACGUCAGCAAUCCAUGGGAAUACGGGAGAUGAGAGGGCGCCUGGCGGCGGAGUACCAGGGCCUGGAGGUGAAGGUGCCGAACCUGUUUCGGUGCCCCAUCUCGCUGGACGUCAUGCGGUCGCCGGUGAGCCUCUGCACCGGCGUCACCUACGACCGCGCCUCCAUCCAGCACUGGAUCGACUCCGGAAACACCACCUGCCCUGCCACCAUGCUCCCGCUCCCCUCCACCGACCUCGUCCCCAACCUCACCCUGCGCCGCCUCAUCGCGCUCUGGGCGUCCACGGCCGCUCCCGCUUCCUCCUCGCCCUCGCCCCUCGCGCCAUCCGCCGUCGGGGCCACGCCGGCCGCCGCCGCUGCUGAGCUCUUCCGCCGGAUCGCCGCCCCCGGCGCGGACCCUUGCCCUGCUCUCCGAAAGCUCACAGCUUUACUCUCCGAUGAUGACGUGGACGAGUUCGACAAGAACGCGCUGGCAAGGGCCGCUGGCGCCGCGGAGACCGUGGCGUCUGUGCUCCUGAGGGGGCAGAAGGAGGCGGGCCUCGAAGCUGCGGAGGCCGCCGUGCGGGUGCUCGCCGCGAUCGCGGCGUCCGACUGCAUCGAAGAGGAGAACAAGAAGUGGGUAACCGCCGCUCUCGCCGCCGAUGCCGCGUCCACGGUCGCGUCCCUGGCGCGCGUGCUGCGGAGCGGGAGCGGGCUGGAGGCCCGAAUCGACGCGGCGAGGCUGGUGGAGUCGUUGCUCCGCAAUGCCGCUCCGGGCGUGAGUGCGACGGUCGCCGAGGCGGAGGAGCUGGUCGCCGAGCUGAUCCGGCUCAUCGGCCCCGUGGACGAGAAGGGCAGCCUGGACAAGCAGGCCGUGGUGGCCGGCCUCUCCUGCCUCGCGGCCUUCGCUGCGACGCGGCGCGCGCGGUCCGAGAUGGUCCGCUUCGGCGCCGUCCCGGCGGCCAUUCGCGUCCUGAAAGCCGACGCCGGCUCCCCGAGCCAAGCGCUCCGCGUGCUUGAGGCUGCCGUGGGGUGCGCCGAGGGGCGCGCGGCGAUAUGCGAGGCGGCGGAGUCGGCGAUCCCGGCGGUGGUGUCCAAGAUGAUGAAGGGUAGGAUGGGCGGCGCGGAGGCCGCGGUGUCGGUGCUGUGGGCGGUGUGCCACCGGUACAGGGACCGGAGGGCGGUAGACGCGGCGGCAGCCUGCGAGGGUGGGCUGACGAAGCUGCUGCUGCUGAUGCAGAGCGGGUGCUCGCCGCCGGCGAGGCAGAUGGCGUCGGAGCUGCUCAAGAUCUUCAAGGUGAACGCCAAGAGCUGUCUCGCCGGCUACGAUUCCAAGACCACACACAUCAUGCCGUUCUGAUGGACCAUGCAAAGUGGAUGCAUGGAUGGGACAGGGGAACUUUCCUCUGUUUUUUUCUUUCAAAAUUUUCAUUUCUUGAUUUGGUGAGAGUCGGUAGAGAAGAAAAGAAUUGGUUCUCGGGGGUUAAAACAAACUUGUACAUGCUUAGAGAAAUUUUGGUAGAUGACAAAUGGAUGAGAAAGUUAGCUCAUGGUUCAAUCCAA